UCGUGUCGGCGGCAGCGGCGGAGGCAGUAGCACGAUGUCGGAGGAGCAGUUCGGCGGGGACGGGGCGGCGGCGGCGGCGGCGGCAACGGCGGCGGGCAGCUCAGCAGGCGAUCAGGAGGGAACCAUGGUGGCGGCGGCGGCGGCGGCGGCAGCGGCGCCGGGGGCAGCGGGCGGCGGAACCGGGGGCGGCACCGCGGCCGGAGGCACCGAAGGAGCCAGCGCCGAGUCGGAGGGGGCGAAGAUCGAUGCCAGUAAGAACGAGGAGGAUGAAGGCCAUUCAAACUCCUCCCCACGACACACUGAAGCAGCGGCGGCACAGCGGGAAGAAUGGAAAAUGUUUAUAGGAGGCCUUAGCUGGGACACUACAAAGAAAGAUCUGAAGGACUACUUCUCCAAAUUUGGUGAAGUUGUAGACUGCACUCUGAAGUUAGAUCCUAUCACAGGGCGAUCGAGGGGCUUUGGCUUUGUGUUAUUUAAAGAGUCGGAGAGUGUAGAUAAGGUCAUGGAUCAGAAAGAACAUAAAUUGAAUGGGAAAGUGAUUGAUCCUAAAAGGGCCAAAGCCAUGAAAACAAAAGAGCCUGUUAAAAAAAUUUUUGUUGGUGGCCUUUCUCCAGAUACACCUGAAGAGAAAAUAAGGGAGUACUUUGGUGGUUUUGGUGAGGUGGAAUCCAUAGAGCUCCCUAUGGACAACAAGACCAAUAAAAGGCGUGGGUUCUGCUUUAUUACCUUUAAGGAAGAAGAACCAGUGAAGAAGAUAAUGGAAAAGAAAUACCACAAUGUUGGUCUUAGUAAAUGUGAAAUAAAAGUAGCCAUGUCGAAGGAACAGUAUCAGCAACAACAACAGUGGGGAUCUAGAGGAGGGUUUGCUGGAAGAGCUCGUGGAAGAGGUGGUGGCCCCAGUCAAAACUGGAACCAGGGAUAUAGUAACUAUUGGAAUCAAGGCUAUGGCAACUAUGGAUAUAACAGCCAAGGUUACGGUGGUUAUGGAGGAUAUGACUACACUGGUUACAACAACUACUAUGGAUAUGGUGAUUAUAGCAACCAGCAGAGUGGUUAUGGGAAAGUAUCCAGGCGAGGUGGUCAUCAAAAUAGCUACAAACCAUACUAAAUUAUUCCAUUUGCAACUUAUCCCCCAGCAGGUGGUGAAGCAGUAUUUUCCAAUUUGAAGAUUCAUUUGAAGGUGGCUCCUGCCACCUGCUUAAUAGCAGUUCAAACUAAAUUUUUUGUAUCAAGUUCCCGAAUGGAAGUAUGACGUUGGGUCCCUCUGAAGUUUAAUUCUGAGUUCUCAUUAAAAGAAAUUUACUUUUCAUUGUUUUAUUUCUUAAUUGCUAUGCUUCAGAAUCAACUUGUGUUUCAUGCCCUCCCCUUCCCCCCAGUAUUGUAGAGCAAGUCUUGUGUUCAAAGCCCAGUGUGACAGUGUCAUGAUGUAGUAGUGUCUUACUGGUUUUUUAAUAAAUCCUUUUGUAUAAAAA